CCGCAUUAUAUUGGUGUGAUCGACGCAAAGAGAUAUCUUUCGAUAAGUAUUCCGAUGUCACAACAAAAAGAGAUGGAGGAGGAUAUAGCCGUGAGGAAAUUCAGGGAAUAUCUUCGCAUUCAUACAGAACAACCGAAUCCUGACUAUGGUUAG